AUGCCGAAAACGCUUCUGCCACCAGGCACAUCCCGAGCGCUUAGAUCGACCAGCUCGCUUGAGUCUUCUGCAGCGUUUCCGCCAGAGGCAGGGAUCCUGAAGGACGAUAUUCCGGACGCAUUGUCAAGCGUCGCCUGGCCAGCAGCGACCGUGAUGGCACAGAUGGCCCCGCACGUCGCGCUCCUCCCUCCGCAAGUAUGCGCCUCCGUAAUAGAGCUUGUCGUGAGCGACCGCGCCACGCUUAACGCGUGCAGCCUCACAUGCAGGGCCUGGCACGCCAUCGCCGUCCGCCACACAUUCUACGCCGUCCGCCUCGCGGGCAUCGCGCAAUACACCGCGUUCGAGAAAAUCCUCACCGGCGCGCCAAAAAUCGCCCCGUGCGUGCGCGACCUCACGAUCGUCCCGGAUGAAUUCUACGCCCAGGGCUCGCUCGACGAGGACGCGCCGCGGAUUCUGGCCCGGCUCCCGCAGGUGGUGCGCGUCAGCUUCGUCAACUGGUCUGCCACUCAGAUGACAGAUAGCACGCGACGGGACCUCGGAAAGUGUUUUGCGAACGUCAGGACGCUGGUGCUGCAAGAUGUGGCUUUCUCUGGGAACGACUUUCUACUGCUUCUCUGUGCGUGUCCGAAUCUCUAUGCGCUGCACAUGCGCGAAGUGGACUGGAGAUACCGAGGCCUGCCGCCAGAUACGGUGAUCCCAGUGCCUGCGGGAAGAAGCCGCCUCGAGAUGCUCACCGUCCACUCUCUCUCGUGGGCAGCGGCCGCGUACUUGCCCGCCGCCUUCAACAACUUGGCUCUGCGAAGACUGGAUGUGUCGUGGGAGGACAUUAUGCGGUCAUCGAGCGUGCGUGCCAUAUUGCAGGCGUCCGCGACGACGUUGGAACAUCUGACUCUGCGCCCGUUCAUAAAAAUUGACCCUACCUUUGUCACAGAGCAGCUGCCGCCCAAAGACAAGCCCAUCAUUGAUCUCUCUCGCCACGUGCGACUCCUCACAUUAUGCGUGCAACUGGAUCUGGACCAGCGAUUCGGCGACGAGCGGUACGACUACCACCGUGCGCUAUGCGAGAUCCUCGCCUCUUUGCAGGCACUGGCACCGAGGCUUCGGACGGUGGACAUCGAGCUCAUCUGCUUGAACUAUCACCCGUCACGCUUGGACGUACUGGUUUGGGACGCGAUUGACGGGCACCUCGCGCGCCUCCUUGCCUGCCAGCCGCGGCUGGCCGUCAAAUUACGUGUGCACGACACAAACAGCAAAGUGCGGGGGGAUUCGAAGAUGGACGUCGUCAAUGCCGUUUUGAAGUGGGUGCCUCAGCUGGAGAAGACGCCCGACCAAUUCGAAGUUGAAGUAAUGUGGACGCAUGGCGUGGAGCGCGGAGGACGGCCAUCGGAUGAAUUAAGAUGA